GCGCCAUUCACUGCACCACCAGCAGCAGCAGAAGCAGAAGCAGCACUGUACAUAGACAACAGCAGGUCAGCUACAGACCGAUCGUUCCUCAUGAUCUCAACGGUUGCUGAUGAGAGCCGAUAGGACCCGGACUUGCUCGAACAGCGCCAAUUAGCUGUGAGGGACAGAUGCGCGGCUUCGUUUCCGUGUGUUUGUGUACAAAGCAAUAUGUUCCGUUUGAAGCGAAGGGGCUGAUUAAAACAUAGUCGCUCAUCGACUGUGUUUGAAAGGAUGUGUUGUCUGCUCUUUACGUAACCCUCUUUGCGUAAUUUUGCACUGGAUGCCACGUGGACCCGGAUUAUUUGGCGAGGAGAGCUCCAGUGAUCUCCCUCCUCCCCGUUCCCGUUGUCCUCGGCAGCAGGCUCACAGACUCAUUCAGACGGAGAAUCUGAAUGCAGCAGCAUUGUAAACAGACGAGGAGCUGUCUUAAUGAAAGACAGCAUCGGUGCAUCCCGCUCUAAGCCUUUCAUCAGCGAUGCUUGGGAUUCCUGCAGCUGCUCUCUCUCCCAUGCUGUCUCUGAGAAUGGGAUCAUAGUAAAGUUCUCUGGGAUUUAGAUCAACUACUAGCAUGUUGCAGCCCUACAUCAAAGCAGGUGACAGCCUGUUGGAAGCAUUACCUCACUGGAGUAAGCGUCAGAGAUGGGCCUUCUCCCUCGCCCUCUGCAUGGCUCUCUUCUGGCUUCCAGGGGCGGCCGCAUCGACCCUGAACUGCCACAAAACCUGUAUCUGCGCCUCCAACAUAGUGAGCUGCUCCAAAAUGAACCUGACCAUCAUUCCGACUGAUCUGCCGCUCUACAUGGCCGUGCUGGAUCUCAGCUACAAUGACAUACAGCGGUUGAGAUCUGAGUGGACACCUUUCAGGCUCCCGAAGCUCCAUAACCUUCUGCUCAGCCAUAAUGGUCUCUCCUUUCUGUCUUCUGAGGCAUUUGUAUAUGUGAAGUACCUGCGCUACUUGGAUCUGUCCUCAAACAACCUGCGGCAGCUCGAUGAGUUAAUCUUCGAGCCUUUGGUCAACCUGGAGGUCCUUUUGCUCUACCACAACAAGAUUUCCCAGAUUGAUCGCUCAGCUUUUGUAACCAUGAUUAACCUUCAGAAGCUCUAUCUUAGUCAGAACCAAAUCUCCCGUUUCCCCCUGGAGCUGGUCAAGGAAAGAUCCCGCCUGGAGAAACUUAACCUCCUGGAUGUGUCCUCUAACAAGAUCAAGAUUUUACCCAUCGAUGAGCUCCAGGUGCUGCCUGCCUGGAUUAAAAACGGCCUCUACUUCCACAACAAUCCACUGCUGUGUCACUGUGAUCUCUACACGCUUUUGGCCCACUGGUACAUCCGAAAGCUCAACUCCGCCAUGGACUUCAAAGACGACUACACAUGCAUUCUGCCCGGCCCACAAAAAAUCCAAGAGCGUGUUUUUGAUCUCAGCGGUUACAACAUGAACUGCAGCACGUUCAAGGAGAAAGAUGAAGAGGCUUUUCUGGAGCAAAGGAUGGUCCUUAUCUGUGACACCAAACACAAGAAGAUGUCAAAGACCUGGAUGAUGCCUGGAAAUGUAAUGGUGACUCAUGAGAGCAACCAGACAGCCACAGUGUUGAAGGAUGGGAAUCUGCAGAUCAGUCCAGUGAGAGUAGAGGACUCUGGGACCUACACUUGCAUUGCCAUGAGCGAGGCCUUUAACGAGACCAUCUAUGUGGUCCUGAAGGUUCAUAAUUUCACCAUGCACGGGGGUGGGGAGACCCUGAACACAGCAUACACCACCUUAGUGGGCUGCCUGGCCAGUGUGGUGCUGGUCCUCAUGUACCUUUAUAUGACACCGUGUCGCUGCUUCUGCUGCCCUGAUAAAGGUAAAACACGAGGGGACGACAGCAUCCACUCAUCCAUGCUCAGCGUGACACCCACCCAUGAGGACCCAACGCUGAAGGCGGAGCUAAACCGGCACGUGGAGUUCAUAGACUCCAAGGACUUGCAGGGCCAGAAUGGAAAGCUGAACCCAAACGGGGACGACGAUGAUGAUGAUCUGGAUGCGGAGGCUGGUUCUCUUAUGAAGGGGAAGAGAAAGAAGUCAGUAGCAGAGUCCAUCAGCUCAGUCUUCUCAGACACUCCCAUGGUGGUCUGAGAUGACGUCAGCAAAGACGCCAGAUGUGACUUCAUGUGAACAGUACAAAGUUUGCCAUGUUUACGUUCAUCUAAUCUGUGACUAAACCUGAACAGGGGAAAUAAGGACGGAUUUUCAUAUCUUGUUGCCGGCAAGUGGAAAUAAGGAUAUCAAAGGGAUUACAUUUACAAACUAUCUUGUUGUCUGCAAUGACAACAAGCAAGACUUUUCCAGCAUAUUAAUGUGUAGCAAUUAUUAUUCAUACUGUGAAGGGAUGGCAGCGAAUAGGAAAGGUGGAAACUACUGAAGUCUUAUGAGUAAAAAGUAGAUGAUAUGUUGUGAAUGUCAGCACUCAGGAAGUGAUAAAACAAACUGUUUAAGUGUGGGGAAAUACAAAGGAAACACAUCACGCACAGGUUGAAAGUAGAUUUUAAAAAUCUUUAUUGAAACCAUUGCCGGUUGAUAAUUAUAUCUAUCAAUACAACUAGAUUAGAGCAUAGAUACAAAGCCGCUCCUCUAUCAGGGACCGACACUUAGAAAGACAGCCCGCUGUCUACUGGCUGUGAAUACAUCCUUAUAUUAUGCUUGAGUCAUCUAAAGAGAAACAGCAUGUCAUAAGGCAAAAUAAUACACGUCCCAGAGUGAUCUUUGCAGGUCAGCUCCCUCCUACACCAUAGCUGUCAGCUACUUGCACUCUGAUGGAGUUCAUCAGACCUAAUGUUAUUCUGAUUCAUAGUAUAUGUGUAGCCAUAAAGAAGAAAGAUAUUUUCUCUCAAAUUAAAUUUAGGCCAUGUAGACAUUAAAAAUAGUUGACCUGUUCAAGGCUGGUCAUUGCUUAUCUAAGUAGUAACCUCUAUAUUUCAAAACUACAUCAACACCCAAAAGAAACGUCCAGAGCCUUAUUCAGUAAAAACAUGGAACGCCUUCAGAGUGAAGAGUAGUCCUCAAUAUUUUAUUUAUGUUCUGCAUACUGACAGGUAUCAUGGUACUUACAAGGUGACUAGACGUUUGCUUCAUAACAAUGGACAUGCCCCUUACUGCGGUUUAAAUCCCCCUCCUGGUCAAAUUAUAGUGUUCCUAGCAGGAGGUUGACGUCUAAGCUAACAGUAACGGCUGCUAGCUUUAGCGAACAUGUUCCUCCCUGGAUUUGAAGUAAGCCCCUUUCAUAAAAGUCUGAAUGUACAUAUGCUAAACAUCAGAAACCUCUGGGCAGUCGUAGGUCAUAAAUAAUAGAUUAAAGCACUUUGUCUGGCAUUGUGCUUAGCUGCAUGAUUACCAGGGUCACUCUGUUUUGAAAAGUAGUUUUUUCUUUUGCCUUGUGGUCGGUAGAGAAAGCCGCAGAGAGGUUGUGUAAUUGUAAAUUGAGUUAAAGAUGCAAGAUGCCCCCGUAUGCUCGGCACAUUUCACAAACGAGGUUUAAAACAAGAGAGUGUGUCUUUCCCUAAACAAGAAGGAGAGGUUUAAUUAAACCGCACGGUGUACGUGUAAUAAUACAUCAAGGCCAGAAAGGCUUAAAUGCUAAUUGGAUCUUUUGAUAGAUUUCAGCUUCCCUCUUUGUUAUCACAGCCACACAAAGCCACUCUCUCGAUUCAGCCCAGAUGUGUUUGUUUGUGUUUCUCAGUCAUUAUGUGCCUGUUCAUAUAAAGUUCAAAGCAAUCAUUCAGCCAGGCAAUGGAUGUGUUGCCCUUUAAGUUGUCUUUUAUUUGUUUUUGAGGGAAACGCCAACAGCAUUGAUUGAACAUUAGCUCUCCCACUCAUUUAUACGGCUGGAAAGUCAAAUAUAAGAAUUUGGAAAGCAACAUGUUAGUAUUUGAAUGCACAAUGCUGCUUUGUUUUCCACUUUAUGCAGAUAUUUGUGUAAAAAAAAAAUCACAUACAUCUUGCAUUCAAAUGUCGGCAUAGAGAUCAAUAGUGUUUUGCGCAAACGUGAUGUUAUAUUUAGCAUCUCUUGUGUGGGAGAGAAAAGGGAAGUCACACUUGUCAGAGAGGUUGGUGUGUAAAUCAUCCCGUUUCUCACACAUAGGGAUACCAGGUGGAGAGAGGGAGAGCAGCAAAAAAAUACCACAGGAUGCACUUAAAUAAAGCCACAUUUAGCACAACCCCAGACAGGCCAGUUUUGUGAAUCCAGGCUCCAGGUUUUGCCCCAUGGAAUUGAAAUAUGAGUUGUUUCCUGCUUUUUCAUUCGGAGAUCAAUCUAAAAAAAAAAAACCCACAGAUUUCACCACCUGGCCACUCAAGGCCUCAUGAGAAUCUAUUGAUGCUGUCGCAGAAUCUGAAAAUAUCCUGGGUGUAAAGUAGCAGGCAUGAAACUGCCAGACCAUCAAGAAUAAGCAUGUGUUCGCCCUGAUGGGAGCCACUGUCAAUCAAGGUAAAUCUGUUUUUACUACUAGGCGGUCUUCUCCACUUGGUUGUCACUUAAUUUACAAGUUCAGUUCUGUACAGAGACGAAUGAAGUGCUAUUGGUCCUGACAUAGAGGAGAAGCCAGGCUUUGUUCUGUCCAAAGCAAAUCUGCCUUCUUAUAUACAGUAUAUAAAGUAUAUAUAUAUAUAUAUAUGUAUUAAGACUCACUGUUCAGUAUUGAUUAGUUGUGUACUGCUAUGUUCUACCAGUGUACUGACUGUAUUCUUGUGUAACCUGUAAUGUUGAUCAUUUUGCAUUUUGUCUGCCACUGUGCUACUGUUAGCUGUUUCGACAUUCAAGUCUUGACAUACAUGUUUAUUUUUUAAGCGGAGUUGGGUUUAGUUUUCUCAUUGAAAGGAUGUAUUUUACACUUGAAUCUACUAAAGAAUAAGCUUAAAAGAAAAACUAACAAACAUACAUAUAUAUGUAUAUAUAUAUAUAUAUAUAUAUCGAAAAUGUUUGUAACAAAACUGCAUAGGAAGAUUUCCAGUUUUGAAAUCAAGUGAGUGUAAAACGUCCUCAUGGGCAGUGAUUAUGUAGCCGGCAGUUCUUUUCAGUCAGUAUUUGACUUUUCUUAUUAAGCCAUAAAGAAGUCAGGAGAACAGACAGGUGUCUUUGUCAGGUGUUAAGGGUGACUUUUCCAAUAAAUACUUUAUGACAAUUGAAGCAACCAUUUUCUGUCUAUAAAAAGUGGAAGGACAUUUUUAUAAUAGCCAGAGAAAGAAAGGAAAAUCAAGACAUCUCAACAGCCACGAAUGAAUUUCAAUGGAAUAAACACACAAUAGGGUUUUAAAAUGAUUUGAAGACAGAGGGUCAAUAAAUCUUCUCAGGAGCAAUGUUUUGAGGUUUGAAUUGAUGUUAAAUCACAAUCACUGCAUUUUAAAGCAGCUUCAAUAAGACAUUAUCUUUGGUUUGAGGACUGUGCAGUUCACAGCCCCUGUGCUGUUUGCAUGAAUGGAUCAUUAUCUGUUCAGGGGAAGGGAUUGAUCUCUCGCUGCCAAACAUCUUUUUUCCAUUUAUCUCACUAUGAAGUAGCAAACUAUACAGGAAGACAUCUUCGAGGUGGUGGGGAUAAAAGCUCUCUGCACAUGAGAGCUCUAAUCUGCAUUAAAAGCUUGGAGUUUAUUGACCACAUCCUCGGAAGAUGAGCUGGUUGGUUCUUGCCAUAAAAUCCGAUCGGUCUCGCAGCUAAAGUGGAAUGGCUUUGCAUGGUAUGCUUAAGAGCUUCUCUGACUGCAGGAUAGGUGAAACCUUGUAGGCAUUAAAGAUUAGAAUACCAAGUUAUCAGUUGACUUAAUAAAGAUCAAUAUUUACACUUUG